AUGGGACUCCAAUCAACGCAGAACUUUCAUCAACCUUUCUGGAUGCUGUGUAAAGAAAAGGACUUCAACAAAGAAAACUCCAAUCAAGGUAGAACUUCCUUCAACCUUUUUGGAUGCUGUGGAAAGAAUGGGACUCUAAUCAACGCAAAACUUUCCUCUACUUCUCUGGAUGCAGUGGAAAGAAAAGGACUUCAACAAAGAAAACUUCAAUCAAAUCAGAGAUUCCUCUUUACUUCUAUGGAUUGA